AUGCCUCCGGUCCAACUUGCGGGCUUGACGUUUGAUAGCCUCGAGGAUGCUGAAGCAGCUAUGUCUUCGCGCAACAUCGAGAAUGAUUGGGAACCGCCAUCUCGUGACCGUACUGCCCCGAGCACACGAAGGCAGCGCGCAAAGUAUGCUCUUCAACUGUUCCAGGCCUUUCAAGACUGUUCGGAGUGCAAGGAUAAUAAGAACGGAAACUCGUAUGUCAAGCGCUGGAAAGAUGGGCCCGGGAGCUACUACAACGCCCAGGCCAUGGAGAAGGUCUGCUGGCACAUGCUCGACAUUGCAGAGCGUUUGCACACUCACGGUCCUCAAUCGACAUUCAUGUACUGCGAGGAGGCGCUAAAGAAGCUGAAGGGUUCUCGCGAUAUGACCUUCGAGCAGCGCAUUCACCAUGUCUGCGCUAUGCUCAAGUACUCCAAAUUUCUCUGCGAUCAACUCAUGAAGGGUGAGGGUCUCGAGGCUUUGGUUGGCGCACCGAAGCAUAAGAUGUCUGGUGCCACCACGAUGCAAGUGCAGAAUCAAAGGCGUCAGAAGUGGAUCGUGCAUGGCCGC